AUGGACCUUGAUCUCCGGAUGAACGCCGAAGAGAUUAUGCAACCAGCAGAGGCACUAGCUGCAAUCGAGCCACCCACUGAAUACGAGGAUUCCAGCCCGGCAACUAUUUACAGAAAUGCCUUUCACAUUGGAUCUCCUCUUUAUCAAGGAAUUUCUCAGAGCAUACGGGGUUACCUAGCACCGGAACAGGACGUCGCUGGUCCCGACACCCGCAAAGAUCUCGAAAGGGGUUUACGGUAUCUAGGGUUGCUGAAGAAAACGUUCAAUAGAUUGGCCUCUGCAGAAAAUGAGAACACCUUUAGGGAAAUACUUCGUGAACACAGAAAUGCACAGUCUAGCGGUAGAUCCUGUAACAUCCCUGCGUUUGUGUUUGUUCAGCAGCUCCUGGGAUACGUGUGGGAGGUGUACCCGUUCAUAGAUGAAGAUCCAAGUGAUAAUUUCUGCAAGGAGUUGCAAACCCUCUUUCAAAGACAGAUAGAGAACGAUCCCCAGAUAUACGUAAUCUUCCAUAUCACUAUGGUUAUGAUGUGUCCUUACAUUCUGGGCCUUUACGAAUCUGAGUCGGAGAAGCGUACGAAAAUACGUGAGCUGCUGCGUGUGUUUGUUACCACCGAAGAGGCCAAGAAAAACGAAAGAUACUAUGACCUCAUCUCGGCGAUAGUAUACUUUUUCCUCAUUAUACACGCAUGCACUGGUAAAAGGUAUGAAUAUGUAUUGAUCCAGGUUGUCCUGGACAGAGUUCGCGACGUAAACAUAUCAGAAGACAUCAGCAAAGCACAUGUCUUCCACAUAGAGGCAGUUCUGCAGGGCCUUUUAAAAGCCCUGCACAAAUUUAACAGUGGUGUAGUAAAAAGUACUGUCUUUGCUAAAGAGAAACCUUCUCUCAGUCUGAACACAUGGAAUCAGAUAACUAAGUUUGUCGACGACGUAGACAGAAAAUACAGACCUAAGGAGUUUUUUGGCUUGAAGCGGUACUGCAAGGAGCAGCCGCAGUAUGUGGCGAAGGCCUGA